AUGCCGUCGCGUAAGAGUGAUACUCGGCGGAGCGACGUCUCCGCCGCGAGGUUUGUACUCGCCGACGAUGACACAACCAUGGCCACCGAGUCGCCGGCUCCCGAGCCAGCGGAACCCCGAGCUUCGACGUCAACCCCCGCCGCACAAUCGUUUGUUUCGGACAAGAAGGACGAGAAGAAGGAGAAGAAUGCGGUCACAAUUGAGUCCAUAAUCACUCGUCUAGCGAAGGGUGUGCUGCCGCCCAACACGCAAAUUCAAGCCAAUGCUAUUCUUGCCCUUACAAAAAGCGCGACGGUAUUUGUUAACCAUUUGGCCAACUCCGCAAACGGGUUUACAGUGUCAUCCGGGAAGAAGACCAUUAUGCCCGCCGACGUCUUCAAGGCGCUUGACGAGAUUGAAUACGGGUUCAUGCGGGAGAAGCUGGAGGCCGAAUUUGCAAAGUUCAAUGAAGUUCAAACGUCAAAACGGUCCACGUACCGCAAAAAGGUAGCGGCGGCGAAAAAGGCAGCUGCUGCGGGGGGCAACCAGAGCCAGAACACGGCCGACGUCUCCAUGAUGAGCAUAGGCUCCGCUGCGACCGGCGCCGAGGAGACGGACAAAAGCUUUGCUAUGAGCGCAUCUGGUGCUCCAGGGUCGGCGGGCCAGUCAAGAGCGGCCAAGAAGGCUAAGCUCGACCCAAGUGCGGUGGACUCUUCAAAGAUGGAAGUAGACGGCCACGAGCCCUCAGACGCAGAGACGGUUCCAGAAGAGAUGGAGGAUGAGGAGGAAGACGAGGAUGAAGAGGCCGAGGAGGAGGAUGACGACGACGAAGAUGAGGAAGAAGAGCCUGAUGCUGCCGAUCAGGACCGGGAUGAUCUGGAAGAGCGGACAGCCAACGAAGGCGACGAGGAUGAGGCUUUAGACGAUGACAGUGACUAG